CUCAUAUUGAGGUCACAUCGAUAGUUGAUCACCACAAACGUAUGAGGCUAGGGAACAAUUCAUAAAACAUGAAGCUUAAAUUUUCAGCCCGACAGAGUCUCAGACUUAAGGUAAACAAGCCAGUGUGUGAAAGGUUAUUCGCGGUCAACUUUUGUUGUGUCUGACGCAACCUCUUUCUGGGACAGUUACACAGUUGCAGGUCACGUACAGAACGUAACGGUCUACGUGGCACAUAAAAACAAGUAGCAGGUAAGCUUAUAUUGCCCUUCUGUGAAUAUAUAUCGCCCGUCCAUAUCUACUGUGACCAUGGACAUGGUCAUGUACUCAAGUGAUUUGGCGGAGAUCUUCGAGAAGUCCGGGGAACACAAGCACAAGGAGAAGAGGCACAGGCGUACAGGUAGCUACGAGCCAGCUGUGCAGGAGAAGGCGGCGACUGGACACCGCCAUCUGCAGCACAUCCAGCGGGAGAGAGCGUACACAGACCCGUCCCACCACCGAGGGGCUCACGGGCCGCACCACCACCACCGGCACGGACCGACCAAGGAUUCGGGAACCGAAGCGGCGUCGGGGGCUGGGGGGGAGGGGGAGAAAGGGACGGGAGCCGAGGGCGCGGAGGGUGCCGAGGGCGGGGCGACCUCGGGGGAGAAACACCACCACAAACAUCACCACGGACUGCACCUGCCACAUCCACACCUGCCACAUGUUCAUCUUCCACAUCCGCACCUGCCACACAUGCAUCUGCCACAUCCGCACAUGCCUCAGUGCCUCCAACCAAUGGAUGACGAAACGGAAGAAAACAAGGAACGAAGGAAAGUGGAAACAACACUACAGGCAGAAUAUUUCCCCUUUCCCUUCUAGAGGUGACUGACCGACAGCACAGGAGCGCUAAGGCCAUGCAUUGGGUGACGGCGUCACUCUGCAUAUAUGGCUUGGCAAGGGGACCAAUAGGGAAUAUCAUUACUUAUAUAAGGGGAAAAUCUACAUGAAGGAACCAUAGUUAUCGUUGUUGGUAUCCUUUGUUGAAUACAUGUAGUUAUGAACAAUUGUGACAUCAUGUUUUUUUGUCGGAAGAGGCUUUUGGCGAAGGAGUAUCUCUUUGUACUUUUGAUACAAUUAACAAUAAUGUCACAUUGGUGUAAUAUACAUAAAAAGCUCAUUCUGUACGUUUACAAUUUGCAGAUCUUGUAUCAUACUUAGGAUUGGAUCCAUUCACUGAUAUAAACUACGGCAACGUUACCAUUUUUGUAACUAGGCUUUGAUAUGAUUUACAAUUAUACCACAUUUAAUACGAAGCAAUACACAUUUCUUGAUGUGUGUAUGACCUUUCGUAGAUCAUGUGUUUUACCUCAUUACAAUUGUAAAGUGUUGCAAAAUAGUUAUAAAUAGAUAGGGUACUAUGACUUUUACUUGGCUAUGGCCGAAUGAGGUAUCUCUUUGAAUCUUUGAUACGAUCAACAAUCAUUUCAUGUUGAAUAUCUGAUUGCUCGCGUGUUAUGUACAGAUUUAUCAAUGUACUAAUGAACGUUAAAAAAUAUGUAUUAUACUUUAUUUUAAAGGCUUGUGAAAUAGAUAUGACUGUAACAAUGAUAUGUCAGCUGACUAACAAGCGCAUAAAUCCAACUAGUAAUUUUGUCAAGGACAAUGAUGUAAUGAACUUGACAUAGUAUAGGGUAUGUACAAAUGAUUGUAUCUAAACUAAUUUUGAAAAAAUGUUAAGACAGUGUUUACUGAAGUGGUAAAUCAAGUGUUUUGUUUGUACAUAAGU